CUUUGGCUCUUGACUUUUUUUUAUAACACAAUACAAUGAGGGAAUUGAAAGAAUCGAAAAGGUACUUGCAUUGAUGCUGGUCUUGAUCGACGGACAAUGGCGAUGGUGGCGGCGGUGGCGGCAAUGGUGGCAGAGGCGGGGUCGGCGACUUCAGCCGCGUUCUUUUCCCCAGCGACAGCGCAGCAGUGGACCUUGCGCAGCUCUCCGCGCUGUGCUUCGGCGGCAUCCCCGACGGCGUGCGCGGGCUGCGGUCAAUCUGCUGGCGGCUGCUGGCGGGCAGCCUGCCGGCGGACCGGCGCUGCUGGGCCUCGGCCGCCGCGGCCGGGCGGCUCGCGUACUCCGACCUUGUGCACAGCUUAUGGGAAGCGCGGGCGGCCGCUGGCGCUGAGGUCGCGCAGGUGCGCGCCGACGCUGAGCUCGCGCAGGCACUGGGCGGCGGCGCCGCGCCGGCGGCUCUUGCCGGCGCCGACGCGUGGACGCACGCCGACGCGAUGGCACGCGUCCUGGUGGUGUACGCGCGCUUCAACCGCGGCAGCGGCUACGCGCAGGGGAUGAACGACGUGCUGGCGCCGCUGUACUACGCGUGCGCGGCAGACGCCGGCGGCGACGCCGAGGCGGCGGCAUUCCACCUGCUGGUGCGCGUGCUGCGCGGCGCCCACCUCGACUUGUUCGUCGCCGCCAUGGACGACGACGGCGCCGGGCUGCGCGCUGCGCUGCGCCGCUGGUGGGCGUGCGUGCAGGCGGCCGAUGCGGCGCUGUGGGCGCGGCUGCGGCGCUGCGGCGUGCGGCCGGAGCACUUUGCGCUGCGGUGGCUGCUGGUCUGCGGCGCGCGCGAGUUUGCGCUGCCCGACGUGCUCGCGCUGUGGGACGCGCUUCUGGCCAACGCCGCGCGCAUAGCCGCCGGGCCAGCCGCCGCCGGGCCAGCC